UUAAAAUAUUUAAAGAUUAUUUCCCAAUUAAACAGCUUUCUGACAAUAAAUCAUCUACUUGCCCUCAACAUUUACUUCAUCACAGUCCACGAAGAGUAAAUAUGCAAACUCAGACAGAAGUUUCUUCAAUAGCUUUCUCCAAUCAAACAACUGGUUUUGGUAACCGCAUUACUCGAACAUUUUCUGUUAUUGGAGGCGUUGCUGGAAGUAGUGGGGGAACUGAAGAAAGGGGAUUAAAAGGAUCUCCUAUUGGGAAAAAAGAAAAUAGUAAAUUAAGUAUUGGAAGCAAAGUUGAAAGGUUUGGAAGAAGUGGGGACAUUAGGGAAAGGAAAAAUAGGAGAAAGACGUUGGAUGAUGAUGUUUUGCAAUUAAUUGAGUCUUGUCGAAGAUACCAAGCAAGAUGA